AUGGUGAAGUACUGCAAACGGUUUUGCACCUCAGACGACUCGAAAAUAACGUCCGCCCUGGAGUUAAAUAAAAUUAAAAUUGAGGGCUACAUGCGAAACAUAAAGAUAGAAGACGUGAGCACACUGAGGUGCGUAGAAACGUUGGACUUGAAUAACUUCUACCUUCUGAACCUUUACCUUAAGGAUGUGUAUUUUAUUUUUUUGCACUUCGUCACUCACUUGACAGAUGAGGAGGAGCAGGUGUUACUGUACAGAGAAAAGGAGAGAAACGCUUUUCUCUUUAACACGGAGAUCAGGUGCUACGACUCCUUCUUGGAGCAGGUGAAGAGGCUCAGGUCGGGGCGCAGAGCCCUUGGCCCAGGGGAACAGCCUAACAAGGGGGAAGCUACCGAGGGGGGCGCAGCUACGGAGAAGGGUACCUUAAACGGGGGACAAUCUACCCUGGCGGAGACCAGCGGCGCUGCCUCCAACCAUGCCGGUGCAGCCUCGUCCUGUGUGAACAACCAUGCCGGUGCAGAUCUGCCCUUUGUGAAGAACGAACCGAAGAAGAACUGCCCCCGCUUCGAAUACACAAACGAACUUUUCUGUGAACUCUACUCAGAGGACGAAAUAGCCCUUUUAAAUGUUGACAAGGAAGUGAACGCCCGAGUGAAAAAGGAAAAUAUAUUUGAACGAUGCACUCGCAUUAACAAUAACAUUAUUAUAUAUAUGCUUUCCUACCUGUACUUCAACGACAAGCUGAAGCGACUUCGGCUGGACUACAACUUUCAUUUUAUUUUGUUUAAGAGAGGCGGAGGAAAGGGGCGUGGUAGAGCGACUACCUCCUCUCCGGGUGUGGUGGAAGGAGAAGGGGAGACAAGGGAGGGUACUACUACCCUCAGCGAACAGACCCGCCUCACACAAGAACACCUCUUCCUCAUUUACCUGUCCCACUUCAAGUUUUACAUCGUGUCCUUUUUUUUGUACUCCUAUGUAAAGUUCAAGGGGAGCAGCACUUCGAGGAGAAAAAGUGCUAUGGCAUUUCCAAGUGCGCCUGGGAGGACAGCUACAGGAGCCGCGCGAAGUGCCCCCCCUCCGGACAAGGAACAGUUCCUGUAUAACCACGAAGAUAAUUGGAAGAACGUCGCAAGUGUGUCCUCAUACAUAUCUAACUUUUUGAAUAAGGUGUUGCAUGACAUAGACCUCGCGCUGAAGACCAAUCGAUCUGCUUCUAAAAAAGAUGCACGAAGGGGGGAAAGUGAAAUGGGUUCAUGUACUACCGAAAUGAUUAAUGAAAUUUUGAAGAACAAACUUUCAUUUAAGCAGGUCACUCUAAGUCACCUGGACUUCUGCCUCUCUUGCAUAGUCCUCCUCAACUUGUACUCCCCAGAUGGAAUACAGUCCUGCCUUUACUACGGCACCACCUACGCGCACGUCUGUCACACGUUCGAGAGGUAUUCGGCGUCGCUUGCCCUGUGGAGGGAACUUCAAAGAGCAAACUACUUCUGCUUCUUCGAGGGGAUAAAACACCUUUCCUUUAUCGAGCGGUGCUGUCUGUUCCCCAACCUAAAGCGAAUUCGCCUGGACUACCUCUACAGCAUUUUAUUUUCAGCUAACAACCGGAACAGUUUUGCCUUAAGUAUUAGCUUCAUAGACCAGUGCAUAGCUAUACAUAAUGAGGACAGGACUACGUACAUGUUAGAAUGCUUGGGCAUGCACAUGAAGGAAGGGCGAAUACAUUUUAACAUGUGUAGCAGGAGAGUGCAAGGAGGGAAGUCUCAUGAUGCUCCGAGGUGUGCUAUGCUAGACGACAAGCAGAGCUGUGUGGAACUCUUUUUGAAGAAAUAUCAGGACAGGAUAGAAGACUACGUGUACAUCCUUUAUAAUGAAAAGAGCUUCAACCGGGACAGGUGCUACCGCAAGUUCGACGUCCCGGCCAUGGUCUGCUGCGGCACGCACCACGGGGAAGAGGCGUAA